ACCGGCAAUUAAAGAGACUAUUUCGUGUGACAAAGCAACCAUGUUUCGAGGAUUUCCGUUCAGCAUUUCUGCAUUCUCCUCAAGAGGUUCAAACAAAGCACAGUUUUUUUAUCCUGUUCUUUGCAAAGUUUGAGCAAUUCCUAAUCAUUGGUGACCUGAAUCAUCUGCUAAAAUGGUCUCGACUAGUAUCGAAAGCAUUAACCCAUCGCAUUAGUAGGAAGGAUGCACAGUCUAAGUCGAUCGACGACUUCAUCGGUGGCCAUCUUCUAGAAACCGCCCAAACACAACAACAAACAGAAAGUUUGCAGGAGUUGUUCAACAAUUUUAAGAAAGCGUGGAACAAAAUGCGUUAUCGGGUUAACCAAGCGCUUGUUGGCAAAACGGAAAUGCCGCGACUGUCAGAGACGCAAUGUGUUGCUUACUGUCUAAUGGAUGGUGAUUAUGGAAUCUAUCUUAAAACCGCUAUUGAAAUCCUUGUUUCUUACCAAAACUCGAUUAUGGACACAGUUAUUUCUUUCUCUUCACAUCAACAUCCAGCUCUAAGCUUCCUUGAAAGAGAAAACUGCAGUGGUGUCAUGUCCGCCUCAAUUCAAGAUGUUAAAGAAAAAGAGAUAAUCAAUUUUCAAUGGUCAGAUGAUUUCUUUCAGGAUGCGCAAAACAAUCUCGAGUAUGGGAAAGGUCGAGAAAUCACCUACGAUUUUGAGAGAAUGGAAAUAGUCAUUGCAAAAGAAAUCGUAUUUGGAAAAUGUUUCUUGACAGGAACGCUUAAUAAGUUUGUAUUCGCGAAGGAGUUGUUUCACUCCUGUGGUCCGUUAUUGAGUGAGAUCAGAUCACAAGUUGAACAGGAACAAAGUUUGCCGGAUGAUGUGCGUAAAGGGUUGUCGAACUUAAAAGAACGGAGAAUAAAGGAAGCUCAAGACCUUCUUCAGCAUAUCGAAGUGCUUAUUUUCUUGCUUAAACGAGAAUUAAAGAAGAUUAACGUAGAUAUGACUUUAGAAGAGUUUGCCGAAAAUUGGUCGCCGAUGUUACCAAGUCCCUUCCCUGCAAAGUUGUUACCCGAGCCAAGACGAUUGAUCAAGAUCAGACACCUUGCAGCUCUUUACGAAGCACUCGAAGAUGUGCUUGCGGAUGGAGCUAUCGAAGGACUCGCUGACAAAUUCCGAAAAGAACUGCCAGAUGAGAUAGAAGAAUCCGUCAGCACCAUGGUUGCCAAAGAUAUUGAACAGUUGAAACCGCCAAACUUUCUCAAAGCACUGCGUCGUUUCAUUUUCCGCUAUCUUUCAUCAGAAACUGAAAAAUAUUGGCCGGAAGAAAGAAAGUCAUUACAGUCCUGUUUGGAAGAACCUUCACUGUGGUUCCCACUACAGCUACCACACCUGAAUGACAUUCCACGCGAAAUCACUCUCAAGUACAUCCACUCAAUUGUGAAGUAUCUCGAGGAAAAGGAGAAAGUUGGCGAGUCGAAGAAGGAAAGUCUUCGAGUUUCCUCUGUUCAACAAAAGACGACCAAACAGUCUGGUGGGCGACGUCGACUUAAAAAUUUCUCCCGCGCAUGAUAAGUGAACUUAAUCCGUUAAUAUAUAUCCGUGUAUGCAUAAAUUAACGGCUCGCAAUAAAUUUAAAUGCAGUGACAGUUAAAAUUUAUUAUUAAAGAAGCAUAUACAUGGAAUAACCUUUUUAGAAUUACAUAUGGAUCAUUAUACGCGAUCUUUGCGUCAAUUUCAAAUUUUGAGCUCAUUCAAAGUUAUUAGGCUGCUGCAUUCAGACUGAGUGCUCGGCACUUUUUCUGACGCUUCCAAAUCAAAUUGAAGAACGGACACUACCUCCAGAGGUAGUACUUAAACCUUAGGGCACUGUACUCGGCAGGUUUUAUGAAUUAUGAGCAUGCUUUGACUUUGGGCACCGGCGCCGGGCACUCAGUCUGAAGUCAGCCAAUGGACUAUCUCUUUAAUUUUAUAUCUUUAUUGUUCAAAUUAGAUUAGAUGGCUGACUCUUAGCAGUCACAGAAGAAUAUAAAUAGUAGCUACCAUAAUUGCCUAACAUGUAAUUAGUAGCAAACUAUAGUGUUACAAUUUUAUGCACAAAAUUACAAAAAUUGUAUACGCAUGAA